AUGAUACCUUUUCAUGGAGAAUCGAUUAUUCAAGCUUUAAAACGAAUUAAUGUACCAAUUUUAUAUAUCCAAGCUACUCAGGCUCAAUGGCCCGAACCAAAAGAAAGCAUUCAGUUAUUGAAACAAUGUAAUCCAAAUUUUGAAAUGGAGAAAAUUGAUGGACCGCAUCAUCUACAUAUGACACACGUCGAUCGUGUUUCAGAAUCCGUAGAAAAGUUUAUUCAUAAAUAUGUAAAUAGAACAGAAGAAACAGCAAAAUUAUGA